UUGACAAGGAGGAUAAUGGAGAUGCUGAGAACUAAACCCACUUCCCUGGAAGACUAUAACAUUGCUUACCCCGCCGUGUACAGGUACAUCCUCAACGAGCCGGACAAGUGUCGGGAGAUGUCCCCCUUCCUGAUCCUCAUGAUCCCAGUGGCUCCAGCUGAUCACGCGGCCAGAGACGCCAUCCGGAAGACCUGGGGCCGAGAGGGCCUGAUCCCAGGGGUGAUCAUCUGGCGGAUCUUCUACGUGGGGCUUCCCCAGGGUGACCGAGCCCUCCGGAUCCAGGCAGCACUGGAGAAGGAGAGCCGAGAGCACCGGGACAUUGUCCAGAAGGACUUCCUGGACAGCUACCGCAACCUGACCAUCAAGACCAUGAUGAUCCUGGACUGGCUGGCCUCCUACUGCCCUGGGGCUUCCUACGUCAUGAAGAUCGACACGGACAUGUUCCUCAACGUGGACUACCUGGUCAACAAGGUCCUGGACCCUCGGAGAGUCCCUCCCAAGCAGGACUUCAUGACUGGGAGAAUCAUAAACUUUGGCAUUAUCCGCAGAGAUCCAGGCUCCAAGUGGUACAUGCCCCUCGCUCUAUACCCAGGCUGUUUCUAUCCCCAGUAUGUCUCAGGGGUAAGCUAUGUGUUCUCAACAGACCUUGUGCCCAAGAUCUUGCAGGCAUCCCAGUCCGUGAGGCCCAUCUUCCUGGAGGAUGUGUAUGUGGGCAUGUGCUUGCAGCAGCUGGGCAUCCACCCUACCUACCCCCCAGACUCCAGCUCCUUCUCUCCCUUCCCCACUGCCUACAACCGCUGCCGCUUCCUGGGCUAUGUCUCUGCUACCCUGGCCCAGCCAGAGCAGCUGCUUCAGAUAUGGCAAGACUUCCAAAGGGCUAAAUUCACCUGUUAUGAAUGGCAGCAGGGACAUUAAGCCGCUAGUAUACCAUGUGGGUCAAUGUGGAAUGCUGGUUGGUCAUGAAAUUGGAUGCUUUUGCUUCUGGGUAGUAUUUGACAGAAGUGGAAAUGCAGUGCUGUUGCAGAAUUAUGCCCAGAUCGGGGUGGCCCACAGAUGGUAGCAGAAUAAGGAGGGUAAAAUGUGCAGCCAGGAUGGACAAAUUUUUUGACCAGGAACAGUGACCAAGCUUUGAAACUGUGUCACAGAAAUAUACCUAUCAAGGAAGCCACAAGAGAGAGUUCUCACCUGAUAAGGUCUUUAUUUCGAUAUUGCAAUAUUGGGAGCCCUGCUGUCACUCAGCAGAAUGCAUCAGAGACUCAACUUGCUACAGGCAGUACAGGCUUUUUAUAAAGAUUUUGUAUGCAGUGGAAAAAUAUAGCACUUAGUCCCUUUUCUAAUACUCUUUCCUUAGAACAAGAAAGAUUACAACAUAGAAACGAAAGAAGAAGCGCCACCACAUAUUCUGCAAAAUUUAGCAAUUGCACUCAGCUAAUUUGGUCAUCUAGACAGUAUGUCCUGUCUUGACAAACUGUCUUCUGACAACCUGCAUGCAGCACAG